AUGACCGGCGGCGGAGAGGGAGGCGCGAGUGAGCCUCCUCCCGGUCCCUCCAAGCGCGCGAGGGUCGACGACGACGCCACGCCCAGGCACCUUCGCGCGGUCGAGUUCUACUGCGGCGUCGGCGGCCUCCACUACUCCCUGCUUCGCGCCAGACCGGACGCCAAGGUGGUCGCCGCGUUCGACAUCAACCCGAACGGCAACGACGUGUACGAGCACAACUUCGGCGUCCGCCCGUCGCAGAAGAACAUAUACGGGCUCCCGGUGGCGUCGUUCGAUCGUCUGGACGCGGGUCUGUGGCUCCUAUCGCCGCCGUGCCAGCCGUUCACGCGGCAGGGUCACCGGAAGGACAAGGACGACGGUCGAUCGCAAUCGUUCCUCCGCCUCCUUCGCGACGUCGUCCCUCAACUCCGCUCCCCGCCGACGCACGUGCUCGUCGAAAACGUCGUCGGCUUCGAGACGUCCGACACCAGGGCCGACGCCAUCGCCGUGUUCCGCCGGCUCGGGUACGACACGAGGGAGUUCAUGCUGACGCCGAGGAUGUUCGGCGUCCCGUACAGUCGGCCGCGAUAUUUUCUCCUGGCGAAAAAUGGAUACCGCGCGGGGCGUCGUGCGUCUUACCAGCCGAGUUCGAGGGCGACACCAAGGCGGAGUUUGACGCGAGGCACAGGGCUCGGGGGGGAGGUGGGGGCGACGGUUCGACGCCUAAACCGAACCCCGCCGAUAACCCCUUACGGUUCCAGAGACGUGAACGAGGGUUCUGCGGACGUGUUCAGGGAGUACGCGGUUGCCGAGAGGGACGUGAAAAUCGGGCUGGGCGCCGUCGACGUCGUCUGCCGAACUUCGUACAAGUGCAACUGCUUCACGAAAUCGUACGGCAAGUACGUCAAGGGCACGGGGUCGAUGGUGACGGAUAAAUUGGUGGACAAGGACUCGUGGGACGGGACGGUGGCGAGCGGGGGGGCGCACGAGGGCGCGGAGGGCGGCGGCGUACGGCUGAGGUACUUCACCGAGGGAGAAAUCGCGAGGAUGCACUCGUUUCCGAGCGACUUUUCGUUCCCGGCGGGCGUGACUCGUCAGCAGAGGUACGCCCUGCUGGGUAACUCGCUCUCGGUGGCGUGCGUCGCGCCGCUGAUUGAUCACCUGUUGAACGACCCGUCGGUGGAGGGGGAGCGACCGCCGCCGCGGCGCGAGGUGGUGGGACCCGAGGACGCGUGA